GCCGCAUGGCGGACGGCGAGGGCGCCACGGCGGCGGCUGUCGGCGAGGGCCGCGCCGUGCGGGCAGGAGACUUCGUCCAAGUCACAUGCUACGACGACGCCGACGCCGCACAGGGCGAGGCCGUGUUUCGGAUCUCCAGCCUGUACGAAGCGAGCGAGCAUGGUCAGUUCGCACGCGCAGAGUUCCUGUUCUGCACUGAUCAGUAUUUGCAGUGGUACGAAGAGAAUGCGGGAUCCCCUGGAGCCAGGAAGUUAAGGCGUGUUCUUCAUUUUUGUCCAGAGGAUGAGACGGCCAUCCUAUGCGCUGCAGAGGCGGGCCCUGGCGUGGAGGUAACGCACGUCGACGAGUUCGUUGUCCUUGAGUCAGUAGAGGACGCGUUCCUCCAGUUCCGGCGACGCAAUCCUGCUGCGCGCUGGCCUGCCGAGCUGGGGCCCGAGCCGCAGGAGGAGGAACGGGGGGAUCCCGUGGACGAGGAGCUGGUGCCCGUCGAGCUGGACGAGUUCGGGCUCGCCGCCAGGGUCGUCGAUUCCGCGGGUGAGCUCGAAGCCGCUCGAGAGGCGGAGGGGCCUGGCGUCGCCGCAGGCCCCCCUGGGCGUGCCGCCCUCAAGGCGCGCGGUCGGCCGCCCCCUCGGGCUCGGCCACCUGCCGCGGCCGCGUCGGAGCCCGCUGGGCUGCCUGGCGGGAGCGUGCGCCCCCGCGGCACCGCUGGCGGGGAGACCCCGCUCGAGGCCGCCGCCGCCGCCGUUGCGAAGGAGCCUGCAGGGCGCCGCCCUGACGAGGAGAUGCAGGCGCUCCUCCGCAAGAGGUUGGGCGACUUGAGGGGACGUCUGGGCGCCGAGGGCGACGCUGCCGCCGAGCCUCGAGGAGCCGCAACCGAGGGGGCCCCGCACAAGAGGAAGUCCCUGGAGGAGAUCCUGGCUGAGAGGGCGGCGAAGGCUCCCAGGCGUGGGCCCGCGGACGGGAGCGCAGCUGGCAGCGGAGGCCUGGCGGGCGUUGGGCCCGAGCGUGAGGGCGGCGGGUCUACCGCCCACCUCCUUCGCUCGCUGCUGGGCGCGCUCACCCCUGCCGAGGGUAUCGAGGGCUUCGGCAUCACUGACAGCUUGGAGUUCACGCCUGGGAAGUCGUUGGCUGCCUCACGAGCGUUCUUCAGGAGGACUGCUCGCGACACUCCUGGGAAGCUGCUGACGGCCCAUUUGUCGCACCUCAAUCAGUUUCUCAGCACAAAGGGCAUGCAUGACGCCGAGGAAGAGCUCCCUCCGAUAGUUAACAAGUUCCUGCUGAACAUCUUCUUGGCCUCGCACCCUGUCUCAGCAAUCGGCGAGGACAUGUUCAGGCAGAUGCGCACUCUGUCCGAGUCCCUGGACCUCUUGAUCCAAGGGAGGCUCCCAGAGGCCAUGGACAUGCUCAUGCAGAGGUUCAAGGCCUGCCAGCUCGCCUGCAAGGAUAAGCAUUGGAGGAGCGCGCGCUGGCUGGAGCUCAUCCCUCCCGAUGCCGACAUGGCUGCCAUCAAUAUCGAGGAGGAGGAGCUUCUGAGGAAGAUCGAGUACGGCGAAUUGAAGCUCGCCGAGCUCGCGGGGAAGCUCAAGCCCUCCAGGACUUUCAAGGAAUUGAAGCUGCAGAACCCCAAGAAGGACGGCGAGACGCAGGGCAAAUACCGGCAGCGCCUGGCGCUGCUCAUGCGGGGCGACGGCCCCAAGAGGCAGGCGCCGCCAGUGCAGGGCGGUGCUCGCAAGGUCAUCCUGGAGGGCGAGGGCUCGCAGAACCAGGCCGCCAAGCAGAAGACUGUUAUGCUUACGAACUACCAGUAUGCGGGCACGUGCGGGGAGGAGGCGUGGGGCCACCACUCGCACUACUCCGCCGCUCAGGCCAACGCCGUCGAGGUCAUGAGGGAGGCUGUCUCGUAUUUCCUCGGGGGCGACCUUGGCAGGUGUCAGCUGCCCCUCCUUAGUGAGAUCUCGACGCGGGCGUCCAGCGCCUACGACAUCGACAGUGGCACGCGUGCGCUGCCCCUUAGGCUGGGAGAACUACGACCUGGCCUACCAGCAGCUGAUGUCGCUGGCCGGCUGGACCCUCGUGCUCACGUCAGCCCUGAGGUGCUCACCUGGUUGGACGACCCGUCGGUGGCCCUCCUGCCACGUGCCCAGUGGCCUUCUGAGGUUCCGAAGGCGAGGCUGCUGGUCGACUCGCCUGCGGAGUGGGCGAGGAUCGUUGGCCACUUGUACUCGCUGGGGAUCGUGGAGGCCAUAGAGGACGAGCAGAUCUUUCGGGCUGACGGCGUCCCCGUGCUCAACGGCGCCUUCGCAGUUGAGAAAAGGGGCGUGCCCGAGGCUGGUGAGCAGAGGCAGUGCCGCUUCAUCAUGAACAUGGUGCCAGCGAAUAGUUACCUGAAGAUCAUGACCCAGGACCUGUCGACGUUGACGGCCUCGACCUCUUGGGUUACGGUGGUGUUGGAGGGCCAGCGCGUCUUGCUCUGGUCGGGUGACGACCAGCAGGGCGCCUUCUUUGUCUGGAAGAUCCCGCGGGCCUGGCGCAGCUUCACGACAUUGAAGGGCCGUGUCCCCGGCCGCCUUGUGGGCCGCCCAGAUCUGAAGACGGUGCAUGUGUGUUCAGCCGUUAUACCGAUGGGCUGGCUGCUGGCCGUCACGCUAUUCCAACACCUUCAUAGACGCCUGGGCCUGCGCCCUCCCCCCGCUGGAGCGGGCCUGCCUGAAGUUGAUGAGUGGAGGAGGGACAAGCCUCUUCCCAUUGCUCAGGUGGGCGGUUGCAGGUCUUGGUACCAGUUCUUCAUCGACGACUUCGAUGCCCCCAGGAUCGUGAACGACACCGAGGGGGAGGUCGGCGUCGGCUCUGCUUACCAGGAGCAACAGAGGGCUUCCUACCAGCGCAACGGCGUGGCCUGGGCCGAGCACAAGGCCCACCUCGGGGAGACGAAGGUCGAGAGGAUGGGCGUGCUCGUGGAUGGUCUGCGCGGGCGCGUCUCGGUACCUCUCAUGAAGCUCUUCGAGACCAUGCUCUUGGGGGCCCUGCUGGUGACCAAGGACUGGGUCUACUGGAAGACCAUGCUCGUGCUCCUGGGCAAGCUCGUCAGGGCUUUGGAGUUCAGGCGCGUCCUCUUUUGCAUCCUCAACGAGGUCUGGAAGUUCGCGGAUGGCACUCACUCUGGCUGGGUCAACUCGGAGAUGACCGAGGAGAUCCUCAGCGGCGUGGGCCUCCUCCCGCUUGCCUUCACGGACCUUCGCGCGGAGGUCGAUGCGAGGGUUACCUGCUCUGACGCCUCGGAGGAUGGUGGAGGCGCCUGCACGUCGCUGAGGCUGUGCCCCGAGGCCCUCUCGAAGCUGACGGCUGCUGCCGCUGCAGGCCAGGAGGGCAGGCAACACCUCAUGGCGGGCCGUCUGCUGCUGGGGGAGGCGUCGCUUUGGCGAGCGUGGGAGUCGAGGAACCCUGGUUUGCCGCCCCCUGCUGGGGAUAGGAUACCUGCUGUCCUGGUCAUAGGGCUGUUCGACGGCAUCGGGGGCAUGAUCGUCUCGCUCUCAAGGCUCCGCACGAAAAUCAUUGGCUACGUCUCGUCGGAGGUUGACCCCAGCGCGCGCAGGGUCGUCAGGAAGAGGUGGCCCGGCCUCAUCGACUGGGGGAACAUCAGAGACGUUGGGACUCAACACAUUGACAAGCUGGUCCAGCUCUUCGGCGGGAUUGUCGACGUGGUCUACUGUGGCGCCGGCAGUCCAUGCCAAGACCUGUCGAGGCUGAUGUUCGGCAGGAGGGGGCUCGAGGGCCAGAAGAGCGCACUCUUUCGCGAGAUACCGCGAAUCCUGGGGCUGCUGAACGCCGCGUUCCCUGGGAAGGUCCGCUCCCUGAUCGAGAACGUCGCCUCCAUGCCACUCGAGGACAUCGAGCGCAUCUCUAGCGAGCUCCAGGUCACACCAUAUCGGUUCUGCAGCAGUUGCCUGGUCCCCAACAGAAGGCCGCGGUUGUACUGGCUCUCGUGGCGGUUGCUGCCGUGCAAGGGCUAUAGCUACCAGGACAGGGGGCACUUCGUCGAUGUCAUCUCCGACGGCGCGGCGCGCGUGGAGCUGCCCUGGACCUCCCCUGGCUGGAUCUGGAAUGGUGGCUCGCUGCCUGUGCCGACGCUAGUCUGUGCUAGGCCCUCUUUGUUACAGCCUACUCGACCUGCUGGAAUUGCUCGGGCCAGCCCCGAAGCGAAGGCUCGUUGGAAAAAGGACGAUCAUCGUUACCACGUCGGCCUUUACGAGAACGCCUGCCUACUCCAGCAUGAGGCCACCAUGGAGCUCCGCCCCCCGUCGGCAGAAGAGAGAGAGGUCCUCUUGGGGUUCGAUCGAGGAUACACCGAGUGUGCCGUAAAAGACGGGUCUGGCUCGAGCCUCGAGACCACGCGCUGCUUCCUGCUUGGGAAUAGCUUCUCAGUCUAUGCGGUCUCAUGGCUGCUGCAGCACUCCCUGGUCGCCGACGAGUUCCAGCCACAGCUGUGGGAACCCCAUGCCCUGUGCCACACGGGCAAGUGCAGGGCCCCGUGGAACGACAGCGCAAUCUACCACCAGGGCGACGACUACCAGUACGAGCCCGAGGCGGAGCAGCUCGUGCGGCACUACCUGUCUAUCGCAGAGAGAGGGGGCACGGACGUGCGCUUGGACGUGCACCUCCCGUUCCGGCACCGCGCGUGGCCGCGCGUGUCGCUCGAGCCCAACGUUUGGAUGUGGAAGGUGAUCUCAAGUUACCGUUGGCGUGCUGGAAUCGGGAAGCACAUCAACGCCCUCGAGAUCCAGGCGGCCGUGAACACCAUCAAGUGGAGGCUGCGGUCGGGCACGGGCCGCCCCAGGCGCAUGCUACACCUGAUCGACAGCCAAGUCGCCGCUUCGGUGCUGACAAAGGGCCGCAGCAGCAGCAGGGUCCUGCGGAUGCACGUCAAGCGCUGGGGGGCCUUGUGCUGGGCGACAGGCUGCUACGUCAUGCUUGGCUACAUCGCGUCGGAGGACAACCCCGCCGACGCGCUCUCUGAUCUCAGGGUCAGCGCGGUCACGCUCAAGAGGUACCGUAUCGCCGUCGCGGAGUUCCUCGCCUUCGCCAUCGAGGGUGGCUUCCCGCUGAACAGCUCGGCCGAGGCAGACAGCGCGCUAGGCGCCUACGUCGAGGACCAGUGGGCGAACGAGGGCACGCUCAGCCAUGGGCGCUAUGCACUCGCCGGUUGCCUCUUCUUCGCCCCCGAGCUCCGCGCGGCCCUGCCCUUUGCGUGGUCCCUGGUCAAGACGUGGCAGAAGCUGGCGCCCAUCAAUCGCGCCUAUCCGGCCAGCCCCGAGAUGGCGCUCGGGCUUGCAGGUGCUGCAGUCUCGGUCGGCCAGCCUCUGCUGGCUGCCCUGGUCCUCGUCACGUUUGAUGCGAUGCUUCGGACCAAAGAGCUGCGUGAUCUUACAUAUGAUGAUAUCACGUUCGCCGAGGGCGGCGUCAUACUGCGCCUGUCGGAAACGAAGAUGGGCGUCAGGACCGGCAAAGUGCAGUUCGUUGUGGUGCGAACGCCCGUCGCAGUGAGCUUGCUGCGGGUGGCUGCGGAGCGCGCCCAGCCCACGGACCAUCUGUGCCCGUACACGUACGUGCAGCUCCAGCGGCUCCUGAAGUCGCUCCUCGCUGUCGCCUCGAUCCCGCCUGCGCGCUGGUCCUGGUGCAGCUUCAGGCUAGCCAGUCAGGCUAGCGACAACCAGCGAGUCAGGCUAGCCAGACGAGCCGGCUCGACCCACAUCCUGGCGGCCGGCCAAGCGGUGGGUCGGCGAAAGCGGCUGGGUGAAAGCGACCGGGCGAGAGCGACCGGGCGAAAGCGGCCUGGUGAGAGCGACCGCCGGCGAAAGCAGCCGGGCAAGAGCGACCGCGGGCGAAAGCAGCCGGGCAAGAGCGGCUGGGCGAAGAAGCGCCCAGGCGAAAGCAACCAGGCGAAGGGCGCCUCCCAGCGCGCGGUGGCGGGGCUGCUCGCCGCAGGGCUGGAACUGACCCUGCGGGGCGCCUUCCUCGCCUGGCGCGAGGCUCUGGCGCCCGCGCGCCUGGACCCCGCGACGGCGGCGGCACUCAGGAGUGCCGUGGAUGAGGCGCAGGCGGAGCUGGCGGAGGCGCGCCGCAUGGGAGGCCUGCAGGACCUCGAGGUGGAGCGCCUCCGGGCGGAGCUCGCCCGCGCGUCUGCCCUGCAGGACGAGCUGCGUGCCGAGGGCCGCCGGGCCUCUGCGGAGCUGGCGGAGGCCGCCACCGAGCGGGCCGCCGCCGAGCGGGCAGCCGCCGAGCGGGCUGCCGCCGUGGAGCCGCUGGCGGCGGCCGCCAGCGCGGUCUUCUCGCGGCGCGAGGAGGCGCUCCGGGGCGUAUGCUCGUCGUUGCUGGCCGCGCGCUUGGACUCCGACCUCCGCGGCGCGUUCUGCGCUUGGCGCGGGGCGAGGGCGGCGUCCCAGCAGGCGGCGUCGCUGGAGCGGGCAGAGGGCCUGUCGGCGGAGGUGGCCCGGCUGCGCUCCGAGCUGGAAUCGGCCUCCGAGGCGACCUCGGCGGAGGCGGCUGGGCUGCGCUCGCAGCUGGAGCGCGCCUCCAAGGCGCAGGUAGAGGCCCUGGAGCGGGCGAGCAGCCUGUC